UAUUUGUAAUAAUUAAUUAUUAUUAUUAUUAUUAUUAAAUAACAUACCAGGUUUGAAUGUCUCUCCCUCCCCUGCGCUGUACCCAACUCUUUCUUUCUCAAACCACACACACACAUUCUCAAUUUCUCUCUCUUCACCUUCCCAAGAUCUGCUUUCUUCCCUAAAAAUAAUUUGGAAUCUAAGAAAGAGAAGAAUAGAGAAUUCAAUAAAAUGGGGGCUUACAGAACGGACGACGACUAUGACUAUCUUUUCAAGGUGGUUUUGAUAGGAGACUCCGGCGUCGGAAAAUCGAAUCUGUUGUCUCGCUUCACCCGAAACGAGUUCAGCCUCGAAUCCAAGUCCACCAUUGGUGUCGAGUUCGCUACUCGCAGUAUUCAGGUCGACGAUAAGGUCGUCAAGGCCCAGAUUUGGGACACCGCUGGUCAGGAAAGGUACCGUGCAAUAACAAGUGCAUACUAUCGAGGAGCUGUCGGUGCAUUGCUCGUCUACGAUGUUACCAGGCAUGUUACAUUUGAGAACGUUGAGAGAUGGUUGAAGGAGCUCCGUGAUCAUACUGAUGCCAAUAUUGUGGUUAUGCUUGUUGGGAACAAGGCAGACUUGAGGCACUUGCGCGCCAUUUCUACAGAGGAUGCCACAGCAUUUGCGGAAAGAGAGAAUACCUUUUUCAUGGAAACCUCUGCCUUAGAGUCCUUGAAUGUUGAGAACUCCUUCACUGAGGUGCUCACUCAGAUAUAUCGUGUGGUUAGCAAGAAAGCUCUCGACAUUGGUGAUGAUCCAGCAGCCUUGCCCAAGGGUCAAACCAUUAGUGUUGGCAAAGAUGAUGUUUCUGCUGUGAAAAAGGUUGGAUGUUGCUCUGCAUAGUUUGUGGAAUGAAAAGUCCUGGUGUCAUGAUCAGUACUUGAUCUCUAUUUUCUGGAAUGUGGUUUAGUACCACAACUUAAUGGAAAAAAUAUGAGAAAUCAGAUUGAAUUGAAUGUGCUUUCUAGUACCAUGCUCUAUCUGGGAAGAGACGCUAGAAAGUUCACUGGAAACUCUGCUUUGGACUAAAGAGAUUCAUUUAUGUCUUUGGUGAGUUUCUUUUUUUUUUUUUUCUUUUUGUGGGGAACUUAACUAUUCAUUUUUUGAAUGUCAUUCAUUAGUCAGUUUUUGUUAGGUUAUAUAUCUAUUUGUAUUUAUUGAUCAAUGUAGUCAUUUGUUGUGGGAGCUUUAUAACUGACUUAUUGACAUUUUAGUUCUCUUCUAAAUAUUAGAUGCCAGUCUUGGCAUAUGAAGUUUAUUUUACUUUUAAAACUAUAUAAAAUUAUGUGGUUAUAUGGUCA